ACCGUCUACCAAUAGCCUUGUUUGGACAUUACCAUGCAUCUUCGUUCCGUAUUGUUGCUGGUGUUUUUGUGCAUGGCCAUGAAAUGGGUUCCGUCGAAAUCUGUGCCAUUUGUUAUUCCAUAUUACGGCCGCUGGAUCCUUCCAACCGUUGGACAAGUGUGGCCGAAACCACAGCAGCAAACAUACAGUGAAACCUUCUUCGUGCUCAGGCCCACCAUGUUCCAAUUUCAAGUAGUUGGGGAGCGAUGUGAUAUUAUUGACGAGGCCGUCCGGCGUUAUUAUCAACUCAUCUUUUAUCCCGGAGCUGCUGCUAGUGCUCCGUUGGCUUAUCCUCCGACACUGUCCGUCAUCCAAGAUAAUCCACAAUUUCGUGCAUUCCUCGAUUCAGUCGACAUCGAUUUGAAACAACCUUGUGAAUACCUCCCGUCCACUGACAUGAUUGAAAGCUAUAAUAUCAAAAUUGACACCCCUGAUAACCCGCUGAAAGCCACCAUCAGUAGCGAUAGCGUCUGGGGUAUUUUGAGAGGCUUGGAAAGUCUGAGUCAACUGGUCUACUCAUCUACCGAUACUGGUGUGGCUUAUCAAAUAAAUGCGACCGAAAUAGUCGACUUUCCCCGAUUUUCCUAUCGCGGUCUGAUGAUGGACUCGGCUCGUCAUUACAUGCCAUUAAAGACGAUCAAAAAGAUGACGGAUUUAAUGGCUCAGAACAAGAUGAACGUCUUACACUGGCACUUGACCGAUGACGCCUCUUUCCCGUACGAAAGUACGCUCUUUCCCAACAUCAGUCGGUACGGAUCGUUCCAGCCCUUCAGUCACAUUUACACGGCAAACGAUGUUCGGGAAGUCAUUGAAUAUGCACGAAUGAGAGGCAUCCGAGUCAUCCCUGAAUUUGACAGCCCAGAUCAUACCCAGUCUUGGGGUCGUGGACAGCCAAAACUAUUGACCGAAUGCUACGACGACAACGGAGUCCUUAAAGUGCCAGACGAGUACGGCGCUAUUAUGCCAAUUCGAGAGGAGAAUUACGUGUUUCUACAACAAUUUUUCAGUGAAAUUUUUAACACGUUUCCUGAUCCUUUUGUCCAUCUUGGAGGAGACGAAGUUAGCUAUUACUGCUGGCAAAGACAUCCAGAGAUCAAAGCUUUUAUGGCCGCCAAUGGAUGGGGAACUGACUUUACAAAGUUGGAGCAAUAUUACUUUGAUCGACUGACGGCUGCCACUCAAGAGAUAACGCAGAAUCAGAUGCGCUACAUCGUCUGGCAAGAACUCCUCGACCUCAACAUUACUCUACCGACGGGCACCAUCGUCGAAGUAUGGAAAGGAGCUAAAGAAGAAUUGAAUUUCUUGGACGAACUAGCAAGAAUUACUAAAUACGGAUAUCAAACGAUUCUAUCUUCACCGUGGUAUCUCAAUUACAUUUCCUACGGAUUGGACUGGGAAAAAUAUUAUCUAGCCGAACCGCUGGAUUUCGACGGAUCGGAUGAGCAAAAGAAAUUGGUUAUCGGGGGCGAAGUGGCGAUGUGGAGCGAAUACGUCGACUCUGUCAGCGUGAUCCCGCGCACAUGGCCGAGAGCCUCUACCGUAGCCGAGCGACUUUGGUCGGACCGUAGCGUCAACGACACAACAUUGGCCGUACUUCGUUUGGAAGAGCAUCGAUGUCGAUUACUCAAACGCGGAUUCAUGGUCGAUCCCAGCAAUGGUGUCAACUUUUGCGAACAAGAAUGGGAUAUGUAAAAUUACUAUUCGAAUUCCAGUGACGAUUGUAUAGGAAAUUUUCCUAAAAUAUGGACAUAGAUUAUUAAAGCAACAAAUAUAUAUAUAGUCAUGCAAUUCAAA